CUUAACUAUUAAACAAGAAUUUUUUGUAUUCAUGAAAUUUCCAUUGUAUUUUUUUAUACAUCCUGUGUACGAGCUACUUGCUAUGUUGUGCGGCCAAAACAUAAAUACCAUUAAAUACCAUUUGGAAAAACCACUACGAUUUGAGAGCGAAAAAUGUUGGUAUUUUUUGUGCGAUAGUAGUAAUUAAUACUAUAUUCGACAAAACUACGUUUUUAUAACAUUAUGUUAAUGUAACAAUUAUAUAAUAUGAAAAUGUUACAUAUUUAUAUGUGUACAAACACACAGCACAAGAACUGUUUGCGAGAAAAAAGUAUGCAAAUAUAUCGUCGCCUUCUCAAGAAUAUACCGAAAUAUACCUUGUCAUAUUCAUAAUAUACCGUAAAUAUACCGAAGAAAAAAAGUGCGUCCACUAAACCCGCGAAGAAAUUACUGUUUGAUAAUUUAAAAAUAAUGGUGCGUAUGUUGAGAUCUAAUAAGCUAUGUUCUUUAAUUUUCUUGUAAAUACAAUCGAUUCUGGAAAGCGGCACCGAGUGAGAGCUAAAAGUGGAAAAUGUGCAAUAAGUAUACAACAUAUCGAAUUUCCCAAUAGAAAAUGACUAUAUGUGAAGUCAGCGACAAGCUCCAGCUGCAGUUGCCAUCGGGCUGUGAGAGUGGACAGAAUUGCCAUGGAUCAAAGCAAUGACAAUGUUGAAGCCGCAUGUGGAGGGGCUUUGAUUCUGCCGGAAGGGCAUUCCUUCUUCCACGAGGGCAUCAAAAUGAUAUCGGAGUGUGGAGAGAUCGAUGAGGGCGAUGCCGAUUGGCAGCUGGAUGCGGAGUUCCUAUGUCGCACCAUAAGGGAAGCCAUGUCCGAGAAGGAUCUGGUGUACAAGUUCUUGCUGCAGAACCUCCUGGCCACGGCCACCUUCUACAGGGGCUCCAAGAUCGAUUUCCCGCUGGACUUUGACCAAUAUCUGCGCUUUCGCAUGCCAUUUCGCGUGACACCCAUCUUCAAUAUGACCCAGCCGGCGUACAUCCACCUGCAUGCCCUCAAUGGCCAUCCGAUGGUGAGCAAUGGAUACGUAAAUCCCGAGAGCGUUCAGCUGUUCCUCCGCGGCAAUCUGCGCGACGCAAUUACCCACAUGGGCAGCGUCUCCUGCAACAGUGGAGUGCGGUACAAGCUCAGCUAUCGGACACAUGAGAUUGGGGACCAGGGCUUCGUCCACGAGAUCCUCGCCUGUGAGAGUCGCAACGAAGGCAUGCCCAGCGUCAUCUCGUUUGUGUUCCUGCCGGCCAUGCAGUUCACCUUCGCGGAGCAUCCGCUGCCCAGCUUCGUGCCCUCCGGCCCCGCCUGGCUGCACUGCAACGGCACCUUCCACUGGCUGGCCCUGCUCCAGGUCUAUCCGCAGUACGAUCGGCGCAGCUUCUGUCCGUACGUGCCGCGGAUGCAGUACAUCCGGGACGAGCGGAUGCUCAAAUAUCGCACUGUGUUGCGCCUGCUGCUGCGCAUCGGAACGGGCAAUAAUAUCCCCGAUCUUUGUGACAUUUUUGUCCUCAAGGGUCUGCACUUUUAUCGCCUGCGCUACAGCUCCAGCUGCGACUGCCAUCUCUCCCUGGCCACGCUGUUCAUCGAGAUGCUUAACAUUCACAGGGAGGUCGCAUACAAUGAGGCAUGGCAAAAGUCCAUUACCUUUGGGUUGCAUCAGCAGCAGCACUGGAUGCGCGAUGCCCUCUCGCUGGACAGCAUUGUGCGGAAUCUCACCAUGUUGUACCACAUCAAUUGCAUUCAUGUGGAUCAUCUGAAGCAGUUGUUUGGCAUCAUUUAGUGGGGGUGGAGUGGAGACACUGUCUCACAUUACGUAUACGAAAAGCAGCUGCACAUCAAAUGCGUUCGGUAGAACGGCUGUGGCCACACACAUUUGUGUUUGUUACUCGGAAUUUUAUUCUAGUAUGCAGGGGGA